AUGAGUGAAGAACACCAAGAGGCUACGUUUAGUGAGGCUGGGGUAAAGAGGCCCAAGAUUACGAUCAAGUCCACUGACACUGCUGCUCAGGAUGCCGCUAAGGCUGCUGAGGCGCAGCGAAAGGUGGAGGAGGAUCGGAAGAGAGAGGAGGAGAAGAAGAGAGUUGCGGAAGAGAAGAAAAAGAAAGAAGAAGAGAGGAAGAAGAUAGAGGAGGAGAGAAAGAGAAAAGAGGAGGAGGAGAGGAAGCAGAGGGCGGAGCAGGAGAGGUUGGCUGAAGUGGCGAGGAAGCAGGCCUUGGAGAAGGAGCUAACGGCGAAAAAGGCUAUGGAUCAGCCUCUUAAAUCUCCAGGUCCUGAGGUCACCAAACCAACCCACACCGGUCCUGUUAUUACUUCCAAGGGUUCCAGCCGCUUCUCCUCAAGCGGCGCGAGCUCUGGUGGAGCUGGGGGUUAUAACCCCAAUGUGAUAGGUGCGAAGGACACCGUUGGGGAUAUUUACUACAAGACUUACAAUGAAGAAGAACGUGGUGACGCUCCUCAUCAAGCCCCCUGGAGUUUAAAACAGAAAGAUACCUUCGUUGAGUUCAGCCCUGCGCGCGAGUGGUUCUUGAACUCCUUUACACCCGCUGAAGUCAAUCGGCAAAGGGCGAAACCUCACGAAAUGUUGUAUCGUACUUAUAUCCUUGGCGAGGCCAACGCUCGUGCUGCCAACCAUCAAAUAGUUCGCGAAUGGCGAACGAUGGUUAGGGAGCGCGCUGACUGGGAGGCUUAUCGCGAGCGUACGCUGAAACGUAUUGCUGAAUUUGAAAAAUCUAAAGCCGCGUUAGAUGAGGAGAGAGCCAAGUUUGAGGCUGACAAGAAGGCUGAAGAGUGGGGCCGCGAGGGGCUGCAGAAAAAACUCCACAAUGUUGAAGAGCAACUGGCCAAGGAGAAGGCCGAUUUUAAACGUAUUUGUGCCCAAGACAACGAGCGCGCCUAUGCGGCUCGACAGAAGAUAGUUGAUCUUGAGGCUAAAGUUGCUGACUUGACCACGAAGGUAGAGGAGGCGCAGGGAGAGAAGGCUGCCAAACAGCAGGUGGAGGUUGAAUUGUCUGAGGUCAAACUACAGCUGUCCAGCAAGGACAGAGAUCUCCACGCCAAGGACGCUGAGAUUGCGGAGCUCAAACGUCGCUUAAACGAGCAAAUUGACAGAUGCGAGUCGUUGGAGAUCGACCUGGAAGCCGAGAGGGUUAAGGCUGCUACGGCUGAGGAGGCGCGUGCUGUUAGCACUGCUGCGCUGAAUGUGGCCCAAACCAACUACUCCGAGGCUCAAGGCAUCGUCGAUACGCUUGUCUCAGAAGCUGAAUGGAUGCGCACUCGUGGAGUAGUGCUGGUGAGUACUUUUUAUGCUUCGAUCUUGUUAAGGGUUAUAUUUAACGUUUUUUCUUUUGUUGAAGGUUGCCAACUCCAUCCUGAAUGCGGGCGAGCUAGACCGCGCCGUAGCGGCUCUGACAGAUGCGGCGCGUGCGGUGGGUCAUCGGGGGGGCUACCUGGAGUGUGCCGAUCACGUUGA